AUGUCUCUCCCUCAAUGGAUAGCGACGCAGCACAAGGCCUUUUUGCGAUGGGCAAACACGUACUUAGAGGCCAACCAGAUUGGCACCAUGGUCUCGUUGGAGACGGACUUUUGCGACGGUGUUCGGUUGUGCCAGCUCAUUGAAAUCAUAGGAAAGGAGUCGCUGGGACGGUACAGUGGCCAGCCCCGGAUGCGGUUCCAAAUGAUCGAAAACGUCAACACCGCUCUGGCCUUCAUUCGACACAGAGGAGUCCAGCUGCACAAUAUCGGCGCCGAGGACAUUUGUGACGGCAAUCUCAAGCUGAUUCUGGGCCUGCUGUGGAUCCUUAUUCUUCGUUUUACCAUUGAAGAUAUCUCCGAGGAGGGUCUCAGUGCCAAGGAAGGCCUGCUGUUAUGGUGUCAGCGCAAAACCGCAGGAUACAAGGGGGUGGCAGUCAAAGACUUUAGCGGCAGUUGGAGUGACGGCCUCGCUUUUUGCGCCCUGUUGGACAAACAUCGACCUGAUCUCAUUGACUUCGCACAGCUAGACCCUACCAAGCCUCGAGAAAACAUGGAGUUGGCUAUUAGCAUUGCUACAGAGCAGAUUGGAAUCCCACAGAUUCUUGAUGUCGAAGACAUCUGUGGUGUGGCUAAACCAGACGAGCGGUCUGUCAUGACAUAUGUGGCCUACUGGUUCCAUGCCUUUUCUGCUCUGGACAUGAUUGAGAACGCGGGAAGACGGUUAGAGAAGUUUGUUGAAAUGACCUCGUCGGCCUAUGCCAUGCAGUCGGGCUACGAAGAACGUAUGAAAGCGCUUCUCAAGGCGAUAGCCACUCAAAAGGAGAAGUGGGAACAGGCAGCUGACCCAGAGCAUUUGGCCUACGUUGAGGUCAAACAACAAACUGCAGAACACGCAACUUUCAAAAUCAAGACGAAGCGGGAAUGGACCAGGGAAAAGGCCUCGCUGGCCUCGCUGCUGGGAAACAUUCGCACAAAACUGGCCACCUACAACCUCAAAGAGUACUCUCCUCCCGUUGGUCUGAGAUCAGCGGACGUAGAAGCAGCAUGGAAAGAGCUCCACAUGGGAGAAAUCAACCGAUCAAAGCUUCUGAAUCAGAGUAUGAGACGACUCAAGGAAAGUUUACGUAAACGGUUUGCUGAUGCCGCCAACGAGUUUUCAGAUAGACUGUCGGUGCUGUCAACUGCUAUUAGCCAGAUGGACGGACCUCUGGAAGACCAACUGGAGGAGAUUGCGGAUAUCAGUGAAAAGCUGCGUCCUCUGACCGAGAAAAUACGACUUCUCAAGGAAUUGGACACCAGCUGCGUGGAGGCCAACGUCGAAGAAAACGACUACACAGUGUACUCGUAUGACGAGCUGGAAUACGAUCUGGGGCUGGCCAAGGAAUCGGUCAAGAAGAAACUUGCAUUUAUCGAGAACCAGAUUGUGGCUCGAAACAUGACCAACCUGACGCCUAUCCAGCUGGAGGAGUUUGAGUCUGUCUUCCGACACUUUGACAAGAGCCAGCACAAUGCUCUGUUGGAGUCCGAGUUCUCCGGAGCUCUGGCUUCUCUCGGCCUAGUGUAUUCCGAGACUGAGAUGCACGAGGUGUUUCAGGCGGCCUCCGAGGGACAAGUUUCAGUGUCGUUCGAGCAGUUCAUUACUUUCAUGGUCGAGGUGACCGAGGACCAACUGUCUGCCGAACAGGUGCUGCAAUCGUUUGCCGAGGUGGCAGACGGCAAAAUGUACGUGACGGAGCUGGACUUGCAAAACUCACUCAUCCCAGAACCUAUGAUUGACCAACUCAAAGAUACAAUGCCCAAGACAGCCGACGGCUUUGAUUACAUUGCCUACAUGGAGCGCUUGACCUUGUGA